AUGCUGUUCCAGUAUGAUGCUUGUUUCCUGUCUUCCCUUUCAGGACUAAGACACUGUCUUUCCCCUGAGUAUGCGGCCAGCGCACGGCUUCUCGUUCCGGUAUUUUCAGCGCCUGUCAACGGUUCAUGCAUAUCUAGCGCCUGUCAACGUUUCCUGCAACAAACAACCACGAUCUCUCGUUCCGGUAUCUCCAGUGAUCAUCAACGGUUCCUGCACCCACAGCGCACGACCAUUCCUUCCGGGAUUUUUUGCGCUCAUCAACGGCCUCGUUGUCGUCUGCGUACAACCAGCCAUUCCGGUAUCUACUACACAUCUAGUCCUGUGCUCAAUCGGAGUUUUCUACACGUAGCAGUCAUUCCUGUUGUAUACCAUUCUUCUCCUGAGUUCACCGGCAUCUUAUACGCAAAGCAAUCGUCCUCGACGAAGACCAUUCUUCUCCGGAGCACAGCGGCAUUUGUAACACCAAGCAAUCGUCAUUGCCGUAAACCAUUCUUUCCUGCUCAGCUUACCUUUCUUCGAACAUCAACUGUUCCAGUUACCUUCUGCGCAUGUCGUGAUUCUUCUCUAUUAAAAAAAAAACUUUCUUUAAACUACUACACACCACUGCAGAGUGAACGGUCAUUUUUUUUUUCUUUCUCUCUUUUCCGAUGUUGGAAGUUUGGCUCAACAAUAAUAUUGUAUAUUGUUACAAUAUACAAUCUUUCUUUCAAUUUAUUUACAUGGUACUGCAUUUUGGUUGAAUCUCGAGAUGGAAUAUCUUUCAAUUGGCAACAUAUGGUUUAUUUAGUUAUCGGUUGCCGACGGAACAUACCCGGAAAAUUUGCAUUAAGAAAGAAAAGGAUGCCUGGUUUUAUAACACGUCAUUUUAUAUUUGUUCCAGUUCUGUUAAUAAUUUCAAGCCAUGUCUGUUUUGCUAUUCCUACUGAUCAUUUCCAUAAAUAUGAAAACUGGAAUGAUUGUAUUUCAGCUCAGAAUGAAUGCAACCAUACCUUGACUGGUCAAUGGCCAACUGGAGCAACAAACCUUGUGGUUAAAGUAGUUGAACGUUCCUUGCAAAUUUCUUGGUCUUCUGUCAUGAAAAACGUCAGAUGUUUGCAGAUCCUUAUCUAUUGUGAUGGUGACCCAUGCUCGUGCCUUAUAAAAAAUUACACAAAAGAAAAUGUUUCACCAGUCAUUAAUCCCUCAGAAGAUAUACUGAUAACCAAAAAAAUUCAUAACUAUUCAACUGAGGUGCAUACUUGGCCACAGCAAAAUGUGAAACCAUUGGUAAUAAAGAAGAAUUUGAUUGUUCAUGACUGCUCCACUUGGAAGAUAAAUUUUGAAUAUGUCUAUGAUGGUGAAAGAAUGAAAGUAAAGUUUGACAAAGCUCCAGAGAUGUGUAAUUUCAAGAAGUAUUCUGUGAUUAUCCAGAAUGGAGAUAAAUUGGUAUUUACAAAAAUUGUGGAGGACAGGGGAAAUUCAUCCACACUAACAACUGUAUUUUCAUUUCCAUUUCCACUUUGCAAAAACAUGUAUUACAUUGAGAUCGAAAAGUUUUCGGAAACAGUCAACAGUUGCUUGGAUAUUGAGAGACAAAAAAGCAGUUGUACUUCAACCAGAUCUCUGGAUAAGAUGUUUAUACCUCGUAAGUCCUUUUUACUGCUAAUUGUUUGA